AUGCACCUGGUUGCGCGGCAAGGCGCCAUCGAGACAUUCUAUCUGCUCGUCGAUCAAUACGAAGGCGACCUCGAUGUCGUAGAUAAACAGGGCCGCAAGCUGCUACACUACGCAGCCAUGAGCGGAGAAGUAGAUAUGGUCCGCAUCCUUCUCGAUGAAGAGCCUAGCCAACUCGCCGAGUUGGAUCUCCCAGACGGCGAUGGGUGGACCCCACUGCAUUGGGCCUGCCGGAGCGAUGACAACCUCGACAUCAUUCAGAUCUUGGUGGAGAAGGGGGCCGACGUAGUGCGGGAAACCCAUGACGGCUGGACGCCUGAGAACAUUGCCGCAUUCCAUGGCGCCAAUGACGUUGAGGGCUUCGUCAAGGAGAGGAUAGCAACCGCAGCUACGCCACCGCCGCGCAGGCGGUGGAAGGUUGGCGAUAGCGCCGAGGCGACCUGCGACGGCUGUCUAUUAUUAUCGGGCAUUAUAGGGCCGCGGUGGCGUUGCAAAGAUUGCCAAGAUUUUGACUACUGCUUUAAGUGCUCCUGGACCAUAGACAAAACACAUCCAGAUCACACCUUCACAAUUAUCCCGAGCCAAAUAGGCAUCCCAGGACGGCGGCCGGAAGCCAUUGAGGAUGAUCCAACGCCGGAGUAG